AAGGGAUGUGAGGAUGAAUUUCCUACUCUCUACGGUCAGCUAGUUCUAACUCGGCGGACCGGACCACGCCUCCAGUCCGCCACCCAGGCUUCGAGGUCCGAAGAGGGGGGCAGCCGCAGCUUCGGAAAUAAGGUUAUUUUUACCUAUGUUAGGCAUAUCUAUCACGGUACUACCUUUGACCUUGCUUCGUCAGAUGUUACGGACGGCAACCCUCCUCUCCCCUCCCCUCCCCUCCCAACAGGUAGCCGGACGACGGCGGGGGCAAGACCAACGCGGUAAGAAAAGGUAGGUAAGCAGGCGAGUCGGGGCAGGCAACUAACCCCGUAUGUAUCGCCGUCGCCGCACUCGUAACGGCCCCCCCCGCGUAAGCGCAUGGUAGCGAAGACCUGCCUGCGGAUGCGACAGCAUUGGGUAUUGCACCUUUGGGGGAUGUGGGCGCCUAGUGCAGGUGUCCUUUGCCUCGUGUUCGCAAGUUGUCUGGAAAGGGGGGAGGCUGCGCGGCGCGAUAGGGGGGGUAUAGUGGUAGUCAGGAGGAGCAGGAGCAGAACGCAACCCAACUCCGGCACUGCCAGCGCCCAGCCAGGCCAGGCCCGGCCGAGGUCAGCCUUCUUUGCACGGAUUCGUCUCCUUUUUUUUUUCCCCCUUUCUCUAGGUAUCUCUCUCUCCCGCGUUCGGGCAUGCCUCUUUUAGGCAAUGCGAUCGGGCCGGGCCCAGCCUGGGACUUACCCCC